ACGAGGGAGAAGAGAGAGAUACGUAAACCAUUACCAGAUAAUCAGGAAACGAUGGAGUCUGAAGAAAAUCUGCUCAGUGUUUUACUGUUGCUGCUGCUCAUCACAUCACGCUUCACCAUGGUGGGGCCCUCAGCCCCCGAGGACGGCUGGCAGGUGUACAGCUCGGCUCAGGACUCGGACGGCCGAUGUGUUUGUACGGUUGUCGCUCCGCAGCCGAACGUUUGUUCCAGAGAUGCUCGAAGCAAACAGCUUCAACAUCUGCUCGAAAAGGUUAACAACAUGAGUCAGUCCAUCGAGCUGCUGGAGCAGCGAACUCACAGAGACGUUCAGUUUGUGGAGAAAAUGGAAAUUGAGCUGAAAGGUCUGGAAAACAAAUUCAAGGAAGUGGAGGACGGACACGAGAUCAACGCCGCCCGACAGUUCAAGUCCAUCAGGUCAAAGAUGGAGGAGCUCCGUCCUCUAAUUCGGGUGUUGGAGUCGUAUAAAGCUGACGUUCUGCUGGUCGCUCAGUUUAAGGAUGAGGCAGCAAAUGUGACGAAGCAGUUGGAGUCUCUUCAGGAGACACUUAGCGGACUCGACUAUCAGGACCUGCAGAGCAGAGUUAUGAACCUGGAGGACCGGCUCAGAGCCUGCAUGCAGAGACUGGCUUGUGGGAAACUAACAGGAGUCUCUGAGCCAAUUACCAUCAAGACAUCAGGCUCCAGGUUUGGAUCCUGGAUGACUGACCCACUGGCUCCUCCUGGAGACAACAGAGUGUGGUAUAUGGAUGGUUACCAUAACAACCGCUUUGUUAGGGAGUAUCAGUCGAUGUAUGACUUCAUGAUGACAGACAACUUCACCUCUCAUCGUCUGCCUCAUCCCUGGUCCGGGACCGGUCAGGUGGUUUUUAACGGAUCCAUUUACUUCAACAAGUUCCAGAGUCACACCAUAAUCAAGUUUGACUUCAGGACGUCACUCAUCAGCCGCUCACGACAGCUCGACUUUGCCGGCUACAACAACAUGUACCAUUAUUCUUGGGGGGGGCACUCGGAUAUUGACCUCAUGGUAGAUGAGGGCGGGCUCUGGGCCGUCUAUGCCACCAAUCAGAAUGCUGGAAACAUUGUCCUCAGUCAGUUAAACCCAAACACUCUGCAGAUUAUCCGCAGCUGGACCACUAACCACCCGAAACGCAGUGCUGGUGAGGCUUUCAUGAUAUGUGGAACCCUGUAUGUUACUAAUGGUUAUUCUGGUGGAACCAAAGUGUACUAUGCAUACUCCACUAACUCGUCAACGUACGAGUACAUCGACAUUCCCCUGACUAAUAAGUACAGUCACCUGUCCAUGCUUGACUACAACCCCCGAGACAGAGCACUGUAUGCCUGGAACAAUGGUCACCAAGUUCUUUAUAACGUGACACUUUACCACAUUAUACAGUAA